AUGGAUGAGUGGCCUGCUGAGAUUUGGAUGGAGGUGUGCAGGCUGUUGACACCGGAGGAUUUAUUCAGUCUUCGGUUAUGCUCCACUAAACUGAAUCGCAUCGUUUGUGACUGUACAGAUAUAUGGGCUAGCUUAUGCCGUGCCAAGUGGCUUACUUCAGAGUUGAUAGAGACAGUGUUCGAAAAUAUCCCCAAAAACAACCCUAUGAGUCCUAGUGAUGAUUGGUUUUAUUAUUAUUGGUAUAGAAGUAACAUCGAUGCUAAGUUAGAAAAAAUGUUGCAGGAAAUUGCACAGUUAGAGCAUGGAGCGCGGUUUUGGGAUACGUAUUGGGGGUUAUUUCGCUAUAGGAAGUUCAUGGUACCUUUUUUGCAGAGGCAUACAGCUAGAGGGUACUGUUUCUCUGAGAGCUUCAAGUUGCAUUGUAUAAGCCGGCAGUUGCUUACUACGUUGCGACACGGGAUCGUGUUCAAGUGCAUUAAUGCCUCACGGGAUGUAGAAAGGCAGAGUAAGGCGAUGUCAAUUGUAGAGGAGACGUUGUUUUUACCUAUGGCAGCUAUGGAUCCUUGUUUCGAUAGGUUAUUGCCGUUUAGGACUGCCUUCUUUGACCGUGUGCAUUUUUUGGUUAAAAAGGACUACCGUCACAUAGAUAAGUUUAACAAGUUCCCAGAUACGAUAAAAGUGGAUAAAUUGGUGACAUAUAUUUGGAAGGUGCUUGAAGAACGUGCAGUAUACCUGCCCAAUCUACACCGUUGUCACUUGGAGGAUAUCAUGCUUUUGCGGGUUUACUCUGGAGAAUCUAGGGGUCAUCCUCUUAUACUCAUGUCUAUUAUCCAAUCCAUUGUUGCUAGGUAUGGCGUGGAAACGCAGCUUUGUGAACAGGUAUUAAUUGUUAAUGAUAAGAAAUUACGAGGAGGGCAGUCAUUUUUGAUGAUUCCUCUGAGGAACAACGGCAAACCCCGCAUCUUUACCAGGCGACGUUUGCUUGAAACCUUGGGAAGAACAAUACCUAAUAUAGAGACUUCUGGAAGUGCUGCCGUAACCAAGUUCCUUACUCCAUUAACAAAACGUAGUGGAGUUGAAAAGUUUUUCAAGGAUUGGUCGAUAUACUGCGAUAAGUCAAUCUGGCGAGCAAUUCCAGAUCAUUCUCCUAAGGGUAUUUUGAACCAUUUACCCCAUUCUUGUACUCCAAUGGACGAAUCAAUCUUUGAAUAUUUUAUUAUAUAUUGGAAAACUGUGACGUCUAACGUAGCUCCCAAUGCUAUUUUCCAUUCGGUGCUCCUUAAACAGUUCGAAACAAUAUUGGUAAAAAAAUACCCUGGGGAUGCCAUACACUUCAUUGACCGUAGGGACUCAUUAAUGAAUACUAUCUCAGAGAUGUCCUUUCGGGAAUCGAUCUCGGAGCAUGUUAGCAUGCAACACAUGCAUAGCGUUCCAGAAAUCGGUUACAUUGUCCGCCAAAAGAACACUGGCCCAUUAAGUGUCGUUAUUGGCGGUAAGAAAACAGAUUUCCACACUUAUUUGGUUACGAUCGAUAUCGUCGGUAAGUAUACUGUGGUGCAUCGGGAAGAUGUAGAGGUAUGCAAAGAAGUCGCCUGGGAACUUAUUUUAAGGCUAAUGAGUAUGAGUGAUUUGGGUAUCUAUUUUGAAAAAUGGGACAAGGACUCAAACUGUUUAGCACUGAAUAAACAAUUACUGGAGAUAAUAACUACUGCAUGA